GCGUGGUUGGUUAAAUAAUUGUAUUGAGAACAAAAUUUUUUUUGGCCCGAUCGUGUUUUUCUCUUCCUCUCUCUCUCGCUCUCUGUCGCAAACCUCUCAAUCCAAGGAGAUUGAAUCGGUCGGAAUCGUUGGAGAUGGAAUCGGAGGAGUCUGAAGGAGAUUGAACUUGGCCGAGAUUGAAUUCGGAGUCUAAUCAAUUGGAGGAGAUUGAAUCGAUUGGAAUCAGAGGAGAUUGAAUCGGUGGAGCUUGAACCUAUCUCUAAUGAGAAAGAUCCUAAGAAAAAUAUCAAACUCUUUAUCAAUUCCCCUGGUGGUUCCCUCAGUGCAACCAUGGCUAUAUACGAUGUGGUUCAGCUUGUGAGAGCUGAUGUUUCGACGAUUGCUCUUGGAAUUGCUGCAUCAACAGCUUCAAUUAUUCUUGGUGCGGGAAGUAAAGGAAAGCAACUGAUGCAGAACAUUGCAGAGUUGGUAUCAAGCAUAAGAGCAGCGAAGAAGCAGGAAUCUCAGAAAGCGAAGAAGCAGGAACCUCAGGCCCCAACUGCAACCUCUGGAACUUCUUCAAAGUCAGGCAAAGGUGGCAAGAAGAAGAGAUAAACAAGCCCUAUUUUCUCCCCCUGUCGUUUAUUUUUUUCUCCUCGCAUCAGGUUCUAUCUCUUAAACUUACUGAGAAGAACACAAAGGUGUUUGCAGGUGUAACAAUGUUUCAAAUAGAAGAUAGUCUCUUCACCACUAAGCUAUUUUGGUUUAAUCACUCUGCUUGGUUUAAAAAAGAACAGAAAGUAUUAAAAUUGUUAUACUUUUGCGAUAGGAGUUUGGAUGCAUAAGCUUUUGCGUUUUACUUAUCCUUCAAAAACAUUGUUUAACAUCAAAUAUCCAAACAGUACAUUUAAGGUCUUGUCAAUAACAAAAACUAUUUAUGAAUGUUGGUCGUUAUAAGCC